AUGGCCUACAAUAUAACGGCGACGUCGCUGACUCCAACACGGCCAGCUCCCCAGGCUCCACAACGGCGGGGAACCGACAGCCCACAGCUGUACAGUAAUUCGCUCGCCUCUUCAGGCUACAAUUCUUCGUUCACCUACACACCCACCUCGCCCUCGACGUCGACGUAUACCCCAUCUUAUUCUGGCAUCGGCGGCUCACCAAAUCGUGCCAUGGAAACAGGGCCGGCGUCCUCGGUGGUCCGUAGCGGAUCGGUCAGCGUUAAGGAGGAAGGCACGUUCGCCAGCUGGAUCUGGCAAAAGAAAUGGCUGGUGCUGAAGGAGCAGACCUUAUCGAUACAUAAAUCUGAGACAUCGCCCCAGCAGACCGUGAUAUUGUUGCGUGACAUCUCUAACAUCGAAAGGACCGACCUCAAGCCGUACUGCUUGAUCUUGGAAGCCAAGGAGAAGCGAUUGUUCUUCUCUUUGAAGAAUGAUGAAGAAUUAUACAGCUGGCAAGACGAUAUAUACUCGCGGAGCCCUUUGAUGGGUGUGAGCAACCCCACCAACUUUGUGCAUAAAGUACACGUCGGAUUCGACCCCGUCUCUGGAGCAUUUACAGGCAUGCCGGAACAAUGGAGCAAGCUGUUGACCAAGUCCGCCAUCACCCGGGAAGAUUACGCCAAAGAUCCGCAAGCUGUGUUAGAGGUACUCGAAUUCUAUACAGAUCAUCAAAAGCGCGAGAUGGAGGAGAAUGCCGCCAUGUCGAGGGCCGGGCCAUCCAUGUCGUCGUACCCGGAUACAAGUGCACCCGCGCGAUUCAAUGCUGGUACAGGUCUCGGCGGGAUGGGAAAACUUAAUUCUUCUCUCCCGCCGUCCUUGUCGUCCGACUUGUCUUCGCGCCCUGGGAUCAGGAGGCAAGAAUCUGAGUCUCCUACCAAUGGUGAUAUUCCCAGAGCCACUGCCAAUGGAGCAUACAGCACAAUAUCAGCUAGCUCCUCCAGGGCCCAACUUCCUGUUGGCAACUUGCAGGCAUCCCGUCCAGCUCCUCCUCGACCGCUCUUAACGACCAAUAGAACUGCUCCUUCCGCUCCUAGACCGUCUGGAGAACAUACACCCUCUUCCGCGGACCUCCAGCUUCGUCAGAAAGCAAAAGGUCCGCCUGCGGCUACCGGGACAGUACCAGCGCGGCAAGAUCCACUGCAAGGACAACAAUCGAACCAGCAGCCUCCUCUAAAAGUCCACCGUGAACCCUCUCCUCCUCAGCAACGAUCCAAGACGCCCGAGGCAUCAGGCUCACGACCGCACCUUGCGGCCAGCAAGACUGCUCCAGCAACUUCUGAACCCGCAACUCACCCAGCGCCAGGUCCCGCCGGCGCGACAGUCGGUCCUCCCCCUGUCAAACCCUUGAACCCUAAGAAAGUUCAGAUAGAGGACAAGCCUCCCAAGCCGUCAGGUAGCGUUGAAGCUGCUGCGGCAGCUCUGGAGAAGCCCAAGGAGAAGGAGAAGCGAAUUAGCACGAUGACCGAGGUGCAGAUCAUGGAGAAGUUGAGGUCAGUCGUGUCGCAGGAAGAUCCGAAGACACUGUAUAGCAAGAUCAAGAAGGUUGGACAAGGUGCUUCUGGCCAUGUCUACGUUGCUAAGACAAUCCCCUCCGGAAAGAAGGUGGCCAUCAAGGAGAUGGACCUGUCGCAUCAGCCGCGCAAGGAGUUGAUUGUCAAUGAGAUUCUGGUCAUGAAGGAGUCGCAACACCCGAAUAUUGUCAACUUCUUGGAGUCGUAUCUGGUCAAGAGUACAGAGCUGUGGGUAGUCAUGGAAUAUAUGGAGGGAGGAGCGUUGACUGACAUAAUCGAGAACAAUACCCUCGAGGAGGAUCAAAUAUCAAGCAUCUGUUUGGAGACGUGCAAGGGACUUGGUCACCUACACAGCCAAAGCAUCAUCCAUCGAGAUAUCAAGUCCGACAACGUCCUUCUUGACGCCCAAGGACGUGUUAAGAUCACCGAUUUCGGUUUUUGUGCCAAACUUACGGAUCAAAAGUCGAAACGGGCGACGAUGGUCGGGACGCCGUACUGGAUGGCGCCCGAAGUCGUCAAGCAGAAAGAGUAUGGGGCCAAGGUGGAUAUAUGGUCGUUGGGGAUCAUGGCUAUUGAAAUGAUUGAGAACGAGCCACCUUACCUGGAUGAAGAACCUUUGAAGGCCCUUUACUUAAUUGCAACGAAUGGAACGCCGACGCUAAAGAGGCCGGAGGCGUUGAGUCGGGAGCUGAAGGGAUUCUUGGCUGUGUGUUUGUGUGUGGACGUGAGCAGUCGGGCAACGGCGAAUGAGCUACUUGAGCAUGAGUUCUUGAAGAAAGCGUGUACGUCACCUGGGCUUGCACCUCUCUUGCGAUUCAGGAAUAAGCAAGCCUCAUGA